AUGGCGACCGCUGCCGAUCCAGACUUUCCCUGCUCCCUCACCCUCACCAUCCCCUUCCCCACCGACCGCCUCGCCGCCGUAGCCCACCAGGCCCUCGCCGUCGACAAGGAGCUCUCGCCGCUCGUCUCCCGCGCCUUCGCCGUCAAGCCCCAGCCCGCCUCCGCCGCCUCCUCUGUCCUUGAGGUUCACUACAAGGCCACGACCAACCGCAUGCUGCGCGUCGCCGUCAACUCCUUCAUGGAUAGCCUCAAGCUCAUCAUUGAGGUCAUGGAGCAGCUCGACGCCGAUGUGCUCGAACAAAAAUGA